AUGGCGACCGUUCAGACAUUUGGAAAGAAGAAGACGGCAACCGCUGUGGCUCACGUCACUCCCGGUCGUGGGCUGGUCAGAUUGAACGGAUCACCCAUAUCUUUGGUCGAGCCCGCUCUCCUCCGAUACAAAGUAUACGAACCCAUACUUGUCGUCGGUGUUGAAAAGUUCGCCAAUAUCGACAUCCGUCUCCGUGUGAAAGGUGGUGGUCAUGUUUCUCAAAUCUACGCCAUUCGUCAGGCCAUAGCCAAAGGCGUCGUUGCAUUCUAUGCCAAGAACGAAGAUGCGGCCUCUGCCCUCGAGCUUAAGAAGACCUUGAUCGCGUAUGACCGAAGCUUGCUCGUUGCCGACCCGAGGCGGAUGGAGCCCAAGAAGUUUGGCGGUCGUGGAGCUCGUGCAAGGAGACAAAAGUCCUACCGAUAAAGGGAAUGGCCUGGCUGUAUCGCUGGUAUCAGAGGGAGAUGUGGCUCUAUACGGCGUUCGUGGCUGGAUGUAUAUCAUGAUGCUGAAUCUGG